AUGGCCUCCGCGCCGAACGGCGGGACCGGCGGAGGCGUAGAGGCGGUCCAGUACGACGCGGGCACGGGCAUUUACACCGUUAAGAACAAACCGUGGCCAGUGGGAACUCGCUACACGGUGCACUGUCUGAUUGGCUCUGGCUCAUACGGAGAUGUCUGCAAGGCCACUGACAAUGAGACGGGCGAAACUGUUGCGCUCAAGCGCAUCGCGGAUGUGCUGUGCUGCCCCAUGCUGGCCAAGAGAGUGCUUCGAGAGGUCUGCAUCAUGCGCCGCCUCUCACACCCAUACGUCAUCCGAUUGGCGGACGUGUUCACUCGCAAGUCCACUGAGGUGCCGGGCGGAUUCGACCUCUACAUCGCCACGGAGUAUGCCUCAGGGAUAAGCCAUAGUCCUAGACCUAUGGCAUUCGAACCGACUCAGAGGUCGAUCCCGUCCUUUUCCCCUCCCUCUCCCCUGCCGUUCCUCUCUGCCUCCCCUCCCCCUGGUGGCGAUCCGUAUCAUGGCGAUCUCUAUCGGUUUAAGCAGCCGCUAACACCAGAGGAUGUGAGGCGGCUGAUAUGGCAGCUGCUGGUGGCAACUCGCUAUCUGCACUCCUGCCAUGUCUGGCACAGGUGGGUGGGUGCGUUUGAGUGGGUGAGGCCUCCCAGAGUAGAUCUCUCAAAGUCAGGGCAGCCAAUGCAGCCGCGCAGUGCGCCGGACGAGAAGGGGGCAGCGGCGGGGAGGAAGCAGCACGUGCGACAGGAUGGGCAGCCGAUGCAGCCGCGGAGUGCGCCGGACGAGAAGGGGGCAGCGGCGGGGAGGAAGCAGCACGUGCUGCAGAGGCAGUUCACCAAGAUGGUCGUCACCCCCAGCUACCGCGCCCCUGAGGUGGUCAUGUCGCGAGGCCAGUACACAUCGGCAAUCGAUAUCUGGUCGCUCGGCUGUAUAUUCUGGGAGCUCCUAAUGCGAGCCAUGCGCCCCCAUCGACCAGGGCCCCCAUCAAGACCACUGUUUGGCAUCAGGGGCGAGCCAGUCACCCCGGAGACAGGGGAGAAGUACGUAGAUGACAAUGAAUCACCCUUAUCGGACCAGCUCGACGUGAUAUUCGAUGUCAUCGGCACGCCCUGCUGGAAGGACAUUGAGAGCGUUCCCAGCGAUGCCUGGCGGGCGUUCCUCAAGAGGCUGCCGGGGCGGGCGGGCAAUCUGGCCAAUCAAAUGGCGCCAUGUGGCGAUCCCGAGGCCGCGGAUCUGCUCCAUCGCAUGCUGGCGUUUGAUCCCUCCAGGCGGUGCACUGCAGAGGAGGCACUCGCUCACACUUAUCCCGAGGCUGUCGAUCUGCGCUAUCGCAUGCUGGCGUUUGAUCCGUCCAGGCGCUGCUGCACUGCGGAGGAGGCUCGUGCUCACACUUAUGUAACUACCGCUCUCCAUCUGACCCUCGACCCCUCCCAGUUCCGCAGUCUCGAGAAGCCCAUGGAGUUGCCACCCAUGGAGGCAGAGGAAACGCCCGUGUCUCUGCCGCAGGACCACCACUUCUGGCAAAUAACUGACCCUGCUAUCGCCCUGGGGCUGCUGGAGGAAACGCCCGUGUCUCUGCCACAGGACCACCACUUCUGGCAGAUCACCGACCCUGCCAUUGCCCUGGGGUUGCUAGAGAGGGAGCUGGAGCAGGCAGCAUACGAGCCUGAUGGGGGAAAGAGGAAGCUGGAAUGGCUGCUCGAGAGAGAAGCAGAGGGGCAGCAGGUUCAGAACUUCAUUCGCAACUCAAUGCUUCGCACGCUCCUCGGCCCUCAUGCCUUGGCCAAUCGCCUCGCGACAUCUACCCUUCCCUCAUCCCCUCCCUCCUCUCCUCCUCCUCCUCUGUCUCCUCCGCCUCUGCUCCUCCCCCCCGCCUCUCAAGCUCCCUAA